UUAGAACUGAAUAGGUUGGAAACUUUGAAGAGUUUUCGGUCUGGCGGGAAGUUUGGCGAAGGUUGGUUGGUUGAGGUGGCGGCGGGAGACACUGUGGUAAGUUGGACGUUGGUCCCCACUUUUGAUUACAUAAUAAUGCAUGCGUGCAGUGCUUGCCAGUGGUCCGGCCGGUAUGCUCGCGUGCUGCGCUGAGGCCGGACGGCAGCUGCUUUUAAAUUAUAUAAAGGCCGCGGUGACAGCGGAUUGAUUUUGAUUGACAGACGCGAAACAUAAUAGAACAGAGUCGGAAUUAUUGACCAAUCAGGUUGCGAGGAGGUGAAAAAAAAUAUCCGGCCAAACUAGCACCUAUGUUAAACAAUAAGCGUGUUGUAGUAUAUGCAAUAAUACUCCGCCUUAUAUUUAAAAUGAAAAUACGACAAUUCUAUUUGAUCAAUUCUCAUAUUUUGUCUCUUCAAUUUUUUUCGUAAAUGAAAAUAUCUCAUUCGCUUUAAUCCAAUGUGCUGAAAUGACCGCCUUAUUUUGUCAAACAGUCAACACGAAUUGGAUUAAAAAUAAAUGACUGCUAAAAUGCUGAAGUAAUUUACAACUGCAGUUCUGAUGAAAAAAGAGAUGAGAUUAAUAAAAAAUAUCUCAAUUUAAAAAUUGUUCUUCUUUUUUCUCAUUUUGAAAUACCAGGCCUCAAUCCAACCUGUAUUCAAGCGUCAUCUUAAUGUUUCAAAAUUGAUCAUUUUAAUCAGAAUUCAUACAAAAUGUGUUCAUUAAUUGAGGUUCAAUAACCCGAAAUUACUCAAACUCUCCAGAAGAAAAAAAAAACACUUAUUUAGUUGAUUGAUUGAUUUUAGUUACCUGGGCUUUGAAUAAACAUAAAUUUCAUUCAAAUUUUAUGUGGUAUUGUGCCUUCAAUUUGUCUGCCUUAAUAAAAUUCCGACUUCAAAAACUCUUCCUGCAAAAUUUGAGAUUCAAAAUUCUUCACCCUAUCUUGAGUUCGUUUGAAGCUGCUGAAUUUUGUUGUUAUAUUACAUGAAACGCAGUUUAUUGCCCAGCCGUCUUGUCGUUUUCCUUUUGUGUGGAAUUUAAAAGGGGUUUAAAUUCAGGCUUCAAAACAAUUUUCAACGAACCCUAACUUUACCUUUUCCUUCUAAACAGGGUCAACCUUAGCGCAAAACUGCUUUUCUUGCUAAUGGUUUUUUAUAAUUUUAGCGUUGAAAAAACUUCAGUUUAUUUCCCCUGCUAGUCUUGCUUAAACUAGCAAGUAAUAAUUCCCCUUUAAUUGGUUCAUUGGAGAAUUAAUUAAACAAUCACCCAUUAAAUUCAGAAAAGCCUUGAUUGAUCGAGCGAUCAAAUAUUUCGUUGAUAAAUGUAAAGUUUGAUUCUAACUCUAAAUGUCUCUUUUGCCGUUGCCUUAGUCUGAUUGAUGGCCUUGCUGUAUACUUGUAAUUAAUUAAAACUUUUUAAUUGAUUCUUAAUUUGCCUCAGGGAAAUUCUCGGAAGUCGCGAAAUCAUUAUAAGACUUGUCCCGAUGGCUUUUUCAAAUUGCAAGUUGUCGAGUUGUUAGUUUCUGUUUGCAUUCCGAAGUAGAUUCAUCCUUGUGUUAGUAAAUCCGGGAUAAUACUCAUUGGUUGACGGUCCCACAAAUAACCAAUUGCGAUAAUCCUCCUCAUUUUUUUUUCACACCGGUUCUUAUCUUUUCACUAGCGGAAAUUGAUCCUCCUGUCAAAAUAUUUGUCGCUAUUCUUACCAUUUAUGAAUACUGAUAAACAACUCGUUUUAUCUCAUUUUACAGAAAAAAAAGCAAGAUUUUUGCCAAUCUACAAAAAUUCAUUACUUAUUUUGGCGCCUUCUCGUUUUUCCUUUCACUGUUAAAUUGUGAAAACCCUAAUGAGUUGUUAAUUUUAUUUGACAAUCAUUGAACUGGUUGAUUAGGAACAAAAUGUCGCAUCUUUGGUUAAUGUUAAUAACCAGUUUAGUAAACUGGGCGCUCGUGGCGAUCAGGACUGUGGAAGGAUGUCCAAUGCAGUGUACAUGCAGUGCCAUCAGUGGUAAUUUCUGUCCUGGUCUCAAAAGUCCCCUCAAAAGCGAUGUUCUGAUUGCAUCUUCUACUGAAUGGUCUUUCGAGAAUGGAGACUUUGAAUAUAUACCAGAAGGGACGUUUGGAAAUACACUUAUAACCAAACUGUCUUUUCACAACGGAAAACUGAGGGAGCUUCCAAAUGGGGUCUUCAAUAAACUAAAGGGCCUGAAAGACCUGGAUCUUUCCAACAACCAGCUGUCGUUCGUACGCAGGGAAACUUUCGAGGGUCUGGAAAACUUGCAGAGGCUAAACCUGUCUGGAAACUUCAUGUGGACUUAUGACCCGGAUGUUUUGAAGUUUCUUCCCAGUUUGAGAGUUCUGGACAUCAACUCCUCCCAACUAGCCUGCGACAGUGGUACGAAGGGACUGAAGAGGUUCACGGAGGAGAACGAAGUGCAAGUGCCUAAUCACGUGGUCUGUCGCAGCCCCCCUCAGCUGCAGGGCAGGCCAUUCGCCCAAGUGCCCACCAAGGAGUUCAGAAACUAUGACUCAUUCUUCCCCGUGUUCGAAAUGUCGCCUUCAAUUCGUCAAAUUGUCUUCGAAGACGACGAGCUUCCUCUUAACUGUUCCGUUUCAGUCAAUGCACGAGAUAUGCACUUGACUUGGAAGCACAAUAAUAAAGUAGUGCCUACGGCUACCGCAGUAGCCGAGUUGAAAAGUCAAUUCGCGACAGAUUCCGAACAGCAGACGAGGUUCCACGAGACUCUAGUCGAAUUAAAGGGAGUGCUAACUAGUAUGUUAGUAAUAUCGCAGCUAAAGCACGAAGAUACAGGACAAUGGCAGUGUACAGUUAAAAGUACGGGUGAAAAAAUCACUGAAUUGAGUUUGGAUGUUAUGGUACUUGAGAACAGUGCGAUAUUUUGUCCAAAAGAAACUACUGAAAACUCAAAAGGUAGUUUCACGUGGCCUAAAACAGUCGCUGGAUUUUCGCAUCCACAAUAUGUAAGAUGUCCACAUGGAAAAAGCGCGGGCUAUUCUUCGAUGGCGGGAGUCCCAAAAGCGACCCGCAACUGCGACAACUCGGGUCGAUGGUCUGUCGUGGACCACUCGGCGUGUGCUUUUGCGAACCCGAUUUCGAGACAAUUGGCACAACUCACAAAGGAGGUUAUAACAAAAGAAACAUAUUUGGACAUUCUUCGUCAGCUAGUGGACAUAACUGCAAAUGCAGUCUCGGUGACUAAUGUGGAAGACAUCAACUUCGUCGCCCAAAUCGUGAACAAUGUCUGGAGAUUCGUGAACGAAGACGACAUGGUUUUCAUUGCUGUAUCCCACACCAAGAUCACCGAUCACCUUUUGCAUCUCGUCAGCAACUUGCAGUCAAUCAAUCCAGAAAUUCUGCUCAAAGCUCAGUCGGCUUGGAAAUCGUGCAGUCAAAUUGUGAAAAAGUUGCAAAAUUUUGCCACUUUAUGUUCAAACAUGGCCGAUACGAGCUUUGUGUCUUCGGCGGAAAAUGCAGUACUGAAAACGGUUCGGAUAAACGCACUUGAUGCUAAUCGAAACCGUAGAUCCGUUGAGCCUUCUGAUGGUCUUACAUGUGCGGUUAUUAUCAAGAGAGGCAAUUGGGCCGACGGCCACGUAGACGACUUGAACUCGGUGUCUUUCGAGGACAGUGAAAUUAGAUGCAUAUCGCCGGUCGAAGACUUGACGGAGUAUAUAAGUGAUUUAACAUCAAAACAACAGGUGGUGAUAGCGGGGCUCAAAUUAGAUCCCAAACUGUUCCAAGUGUCCGACUCCAGAUCAGUGCAGCAGAACCACUUCUUCAAAGUGCACCUCAUCCUCCUCAGAAAUGCCAGUCUCUUUCCAGAGGAGUCCAAAACCAGAAGGGACCGGGACCCUAGAUUCCUCUGGUUUCAAACUGGACCCGUGCUGUUGUCUAGUGCAGUUCUUGGCGACAUGAACAACUUGGGCGUUCAAAUCUCCCCUUUGCAGCAUCCUAAAACUGAAGUUGCACUUUUAACUCCUGAAGCACACUCCAAAAUUGACGCUCAAAUCGACACUUGGUCAUUUGCUAAACACACGUGGAGCGACAACGGAUGUAAAGUUGAGGUCAAAUUCAACGGACUGUUGAACUUAUCGAUUGCCGAGUGUCCAAAUAUCGGAAUAUACUCCGUGUCUCAGCCGAGGUUCGGGGAAGUUAACCAGGGCGUGUACUUUUGGCACUUCGUCCAGCGAAUGGAGGCGCCAGUCCAGAUUGGAACCGGAGUCUGCGUGCUGUUUUGUCUGUUGAUUGUGAUCACUUUCACCAUUUUCCAUCGACAAAUCGCACUGAGUUCUCUCUCGAUGCACAUUGUGGUGAACAUUUCCACCUCAAUCAUCCUGCUGUCUUCUCUCUUCUCGUGGGGACUGUUUUUCAACCUGCAAACUCCCCCUUCUCUCAUCAGCUGCAAACUCCUCGGAAUCACCAUGCACUAUUUCACUCUUUCCACCGCAACUUGGAUGCUCAUCUACUGUUCCGACGUGUGUCGUUUCUUCGAACAAGCCAGUUCGCGGAAAUCAAAACUGAACGCGGAAACGUUCCCACAAAUAGCCCACGACAAACCGCCUUCUAAUAACGGAGGCCAAAAUUCAAACAUUAGCGGGUCGUCGCAAAACAUGUCAGUAGCUUCACAUAGAAGCAAGUCAGCUAAAAACGGAAAUUUUGAGGACUUGGCGGAAGAGGGAAGUCACGUGACAAGAGCUGGGAAAUCAGGAGCAAUUAAGUGCUACAUUUUUGGAUGGGGAGUUCCGGCUGUGCUGUGUGUGGCGACGGCACUGGCAAGCCUCGCAAUUCACGGCGACAAUCAGUUCUGCUGGGUGGAGAGCAAACUGGUCAUUGUAUCUCUAAUUGUGCCAGCUGGGGCCGCGUGUGUUAUUUCUGGCGCCAUUUUGACCCGACUUCUAAUUUGUGCACCAGAAGAUUGUUACAUGCAGUCGGCAAUCAAACACGACUCGUCUAAAUGCGGCGACCGACAAUCGAAGUACGGAGUUUCGUUGAAUCAAUGCAUCGCGAUGCACGAGAGGUAUCCGAACAACAACUCGGCUUUUAACUCGCAGCAGAAUCUAAAUUUGCCGAACAAUCAUAGCGGAUCUUCGGUAUUGUACUACCCGACAACGACUACCGAACUUCUACACGACACGAAUAGUGCCUCGGUAUGUUGCAAGCCGACGAGUAUCGGCAUGAAUAAAACCGAACACGACUACAUGUUGUCGGAAGCCGAGAGCUUAGUUCAAGCUGUAUCAUUGCACAGCAACCAAUCUAACGGUGGCGGCGGUGGUAUCGUCAACCAUGGAUCGAAUGAUAUCGUCCAUCCAAUGCAAGUUGUCCCAUCCUCGACUUUUGAGCCAGCCCAUUUGAGAGCCUCGAUGGCGUUUAAGACCAACAAUUCCGGAAUCACUCCAACUAAAUACCCCGUCCCCCAAAACCCAAGGAGCAAAUGUCAUUAUAAACUAAGAGCUGCUAUAGUUUUAUUCGUUUCCAUGAGUCUCAGCUGGUGUUUUGGAGCUUUGAUUUUGUUCUACGACAAGCAAUGCCAUUGGGUCUUCAGUUACUUAUAUUCCGCUACAACCGCGUUCACCGGAUUUUUUCUCUUUCUGAAUUACAUAAUUCUAAGAAGUGAUGUAAAAAACAGCUACUAUGCCUUGUUUUGUAAUCGGAAACUAGUAGCCAACUCAGCUAGAAGUCAUGCGCACUCAACAUACCAAAUGCGAACAUACCCGACCCAUUUUUGCUCCGACCGAAAAUCAUCACAGUCUAGUGUCGAGUCGGGCUACACGAAGUCUGGCAACUAUUAUGCCAGGAGAGCUAAGUCGGGUCGCAGCGCCCCCACCCCGCAUACCGGAUCAUACUACCUGGAAAAUGCGUCGAGGAAUUUGGAACUUCAAAAUGGCGGUCAGGUAUCCAAUAUGGGAGGUUACCCAUUCGCAACAAACCCCGCUAUGAACCAGGUUCUGAUUUCACAUAACGGAAGGAUCAUGGCAAUUAACAACCCGAGAGGAAAUAUGUCGCACGUGAGAAGCGCCCACGCAAUCAACCGAACUAUGGGCACGACUUCAAGGUCAGGAAGCAGUGUGCGAGAGUUCGAUCUGGUUAGUCUUCCGGAGCAUGUUGCUGUCACUGGAACCAAUUCCAACAAUGUCCAGGCACCACAUGUGAGUCAUGCUGGACACCAUACUAUGAACAAUACGAGGUCACAAAACAGUAUAAAUGAGGUCAUGAUGGGGUCACACAUGUCUAACAACGGGCAACACUCGGACCAUGAAAGUCAAAAGAGCAAUUUGACCCCUGGAGGUCACAAUACACCUGUAUCGACUGCUCAACAAAGUGGAAGAGUCACUCCAAGCUCUUCUGGACCAUCUGGGUGUCUUUACAAAAUGGUGGCAGGUGUAGAUGUCGGCUCAAAGCAACGCCAGCCGCUAGGGUACGCCAGCCAGAAGUCUAAGAAAGACCGAAGCACACCAAACUUAACCAAGCGCAGAUCCUUUGAGCACCAAAAAGUCCCCAAGGGGUCCAAAAUGUCACCGGGACAACAUGUUUCCAUUCCAGUUCCAGUCGCUGCUAUUUUACCCGUGAGGCAAAACAUCACCCCAGAUAUUCUAAAAGUGUCAAGUAGUACCGGCCUUUUCUCCGGAAUGUCAAACACUUCGGGUUCUAAAGUCGGCAUGGAUUCCGAGGAUAACGACAGUUAUUCCAGUUCGGAUGACGAUGAGAGCACCUGUUCAUUUCCAGGAAAGCAGCAGUUCCACAAAUUGAUCCCAAGCAAUAGCAGAAGCACAGUGCUAAGCAGCGACAAAGCUGACAGUUGCGUUUAGCCGAAAACUAUGUUCAUCACUUUCCUCAAAACUUUGUCUAAAAACUAAAUCUAAAUAAAUCGUGUCUUGUUGUUUUCAAUCAGUUUCCGGGUUUUAAGGUGCUUCUGUAUAAUAUAAUUUUAAGAAACAUUUCAAAACUGAUACAAAUGAAUUCAGAUUAAAUCUACUUCAUGAAUUAGCUAUAACAAGCAUCCCUUAUGGUAUGAUAUCACUUGUAAAACAUUUGACUGUCGCAUUCAAAAGUUGCCUUAAAUUUCCUAAUUACAAUCAAUUUCCUGGUUAGUAGUUUACUCCUUGAUUAGUUUCGCUUCGAGUAGUGGUUUGUAUAACGGGUUUAUUAUUCAGUCACAACUUGCUAGUCCAAGUCGAAAUGAUGUGCAGUUUCUACUCUAAAUGUUCCUAAGUCUAAUUAUUUCAUCACUUUUUUCAGCACUUGAAGAUUAAUAAAUCUUGAGAAAACAUCACAAUUUUCGAUAGACAAGCCAAAGCCAUUGAUUGAGAGUGAGGCAGUUUGACUUUGCUCGGAAAGCCUCUCCUUUAUGCCAAGCUGUAUUCGAAAAUGACCUG